AUGCCGCUGGCCGUGCAGUGGCCGUUCCCAGCGGAGCCGUCGCGGCGCUGGGCCCUGGCGAGCCGUUUGGUCACGGGCCUGGUGGGCACCUACAGCUGCGUGUGGACCCGGUACCUGAACCGGCUGCGGGUUCACAACGCCGAGGUUCUGCACGAGCUGGUGGAGGGGAGGGGUCCCGGGACCCCCCUGCUGACCCUGUCCAACCACGCCUCCUGCAUGGACGACCCCCACCUGACCCCCACGGCCGCUGACAUUUGCUUCACGCGGGAGCUGCACUCGCUCUUCUUCAGCCUGGGGCGCUGCGUGCCAGUGUGCCGCGGGGACGGCGUGUACCAGCGGGGGAUGGAUUUCAUCCUGGAGAGGCUCAACCAGGGGGACUGGGUGCACGUGUUCCCCGAGGGCAUCGGGCGGCUCCUGGCCGAGUGUCGCCGGGACCCCGUGAUCCUCCCGCUCUGGCACGGGGGGAUGAGCGAUGUCCUCCCCAACUGCCGGCCCUACGUGCCCCGGGUGGGGCAGCACAUCACGGUGGUUGUGGGGCGCCCGUUCAGCGUCCGACCCCUCCUGGAGCGGCUGCGCAGCGAGGGGACCCCCACGGUGGAGCUCCGGAAGGCGCUGACCGAUUUUGUCCAGAGGGAAUUUGAGGCUCUGCGGGGCCACGCCCGGACCCUUCACCCCGCCCCAUAGCGGGGAUGGAUCCCCCUGCCCCAUAACUCGGGGGGUUCUGCCCCAUAGCAAAGCCCUGCUGCCCCAUAAAUGGGGGUUUUGCCCCAUAAAUUAGAGGGUUUUGCCCCAAAAUUGGGGGGUUUUGCCCCAAAUUGGGGGUCCUGCCCCAUAGCAGGGGGUCCCUGGUGGACUCCCUGCCCCAUAGGGGGGGGAUCCUGCCCCACGGCGCCCCCCCACAACUGUGCACAGUGCCAAUAAAAGAAGGUGGAACCUC